CCGCGCCCCCCGGGGGAGGGUAAACCGUGGGCUGAGGGCGGCGCGCGGCCCAGACAAUGGGGCCGCGGGCGCGGGCGCCGCGAUCCGCCUCGGGAAGCCCCCCCGGGCCCGCCGAGUAGUGCCGGCGCGGCCUCGCGCGCUCCCCGAGCGGGCCGAGCGGGCCGGGCGGGCCGAGGCGGCGGCGGCGUUGGCGGCGGAGGCCGCGGCAUGAGCGCGGCGCGGCGGCUCCCGGCGGCGCCCGGCGCCCAUUGACAGCGGCGGCGGCUCCAAGAUGGCCGCUCGGCUCGCGGCCGCGCUCUGAGGGACGGCGGCGAACUCGCAUUGUCUUUCCGCCGCCGCGAUCGCCCCGGCCGCCGGCGCUUUCCGGGGUCUUUUCUCCAGCAGACAUGCACCGAACAACCAGAAUCAAAAUCACGGAGCUGAACCCCCACCUGAUGUGUGUGCUCUGUGGAGGGUACUUCAUUGACGCCACCACCAUCAUCGAAUGUCUACAUUCCUUCUGUAAAACGUGUAUCGUGCGUUACUUGGAGACCAGCAAGUACUGUCCAAUCUGUGACGUGCAAGUUCACAAAACCAGACCACUCCUAAAUAUAAGGUCAGAUAAAACUCUUCAAGAUAUUGUAUACAAAUUAGUUCCAGGGCUCUUCAAAAAUGAAAUGAAGAGAAGAAGGGACUUUUAUGCAGCUCAUCCUUCAGCUGAUGCUGCCAAUGGUUCUAAUGAAGAUAGAGGAGAAGUGGCAGAUGAAGAUAAGAGAAUUAUUACUGAUGAUGAGAUAAUAAGUUUAUCCAUUGAAUUCUUUGACCAGAACAGAUUGGAUCGAAAAGUAAACAAAGACAAAGAGAAAUCUAAGGAAGAGGUGAAUGAUAAAAGGUACCUACGGUGCCCAGCGGCCAUGACUGUGAUGCACCUGAGAAAGUUUCUCAGGAGCAAAAUGGACAUACCUAACACUUUCCAGAUUGAUGUCAUGUACGAAGAGGAGCCUUUAAAGGAUUACUAUACACUAAUGGAUAUUGCCUACAUUUAUACCUGGAGAAGGAAUGGGCCGCUUCCUCUGAAAUAUAGAGUUCGACCCACUUGUAAAAGAAUGAAGAUCAGUCACCAGAGAGAUGGACUGACGGCUGCUGGGGACCUGGAGAGUGACUCUGGCAGCGACAAGGCCCACAGCCCCGCAGGAGGCCUCCCCUCCACCUCCUCGUGCCUGCCGAGCCCCAGCACCCCUGUCCAGUCGCCGCACCCCCAGUUUCCCCACAUCUCCAGCACCAUGAACGGAACCAGCAGCAGCCCCAGCGGGAACCACCAAUCUUCCUUUGCCAACAGACCUCGGAAAUCGUCAGUCAAUGGGUCCUCAGCAACUUCAUCUGGUUGAAACCUGAGACUGCUAAGGAAAAGAAUUUUAAACUCCUGAUUUAUAUAGAUAUCUCCAUGCCAUUACAGCUUUAUAGAUGCUAAUACAUGUGACUGUUGUCCAAGUUGCUUUCUUUUGUAGUGACAUUAAAUUUGGCUAUAAAAGAUGGACUAGAUGUGAUAUUCUUAUGGGCGUUAAAAGAAAAAGAUUGUUCUUAUAAAGGGUUGGUUUCUGGGGAGAGGCAGGCAAGAUUCUUUGUGUGUGUGUUAGGAAAGAUGCAAAAUGGUUUCUGUAACCAUUGUUUGAAGUGGAAAUAUGGAUAUGAACAUUGGGCCAUAGUUUGUUAAUCCAACUAACGCCUACAUUACAUUCUCCUUGAUUGUUCUUGUUAUGCUGUUUUGUGAACCUGUAGAAAACAAGUGCUUUUUAUCUUGAAAUUUCAACAAACGGAAAGAAUAUGCAUAGAAUAAUGCAUUCUAUGUAGCCAUGUCACUGUGAAUAACAAUUUCUUGCAUAUUUAGCCAUUUUGAUUCCUACGUUUCCUUUUUUUACUUCUCUGUUGCUGCGCAAAACCGAUCAAAGGAAAGUAAACUUCAGUUUUACAAUCUGUAUGCCUAAAAGCGGGUACUACCGUUUAUUUUACUGACUUGUUGAAAUGAUUCGCUUUUGUAAGAAUCAGAUGGCAUUAUGCUUGUUGUACAAUGCCAUAUUGGUAUAUGACAUAACAGGAAACAGUAUUGUAUGAUAUAUUUAUAAAUACUAUAAAGAAAUUAUUGUGUUUCAUGCACUCAGAAAUGGUUGUUAAAAUUCUCCCAACUGGUUCGACCUCUGCAGAUGCCCCAUGUUUGAGCCUUGCAUAUCAGCACAGAAUAUUUUUAAUGUGGAUAGCUAAUUCUAAAUUCUGUUCCAGUGGAAGCAAUUGGCAAAUCCUUACAAUACUGACUUUUCUCCAGUAAUACAUGUUGACUCUUAAAUUUUAUUGUUGUAGUAAAGAAAAAUUUAACUAUGGAAUAUGGAAAUGAUGUGUACAUUUUCUGUGAGGUAGGUGGAAUUAAUGUGUUUUUAAAAUGCACAUUUAUCACUAUAAUUCUAGAACAAAUUUUUAAAUAUUCCAGCAAUUUGCUAGAGGAGGGGAUUUUACCUAAAAUUAUUUUAAUAUGUGGUAUAGCAGAAAUUUCAAAUUUAAGACUUACUUUAACAGUCAUAAACAAUGGUCAUAUGCCGUCUCCAUAAUGUCUGGAAAUAGAAGCAAUUUAUUAUGAGCUUCUACAGGUUUUAAUUUUUAAAUAGAGUGAGCAUGUUGAAUUUAAAAUAUGAAUAACCCCAACAGUUUUCAGUUUGUGUUUUGCUUUGGUCGAACUUUGGUGUGUGUUCAUCACCCAUCAGUUAUUUGUGAGGGUGUUUCUUCUAUAUGAAUAUUGUUUCUUGUUUGUAUGGCAAAAAUUGUAGCUAAACAUUUCAUUGUCCCCAGUCUGCAAAAGAAGCACAAUUCUAUUGCUUUGUCUUGCUUAUAGUCAUUAAAUCAUUACUUUUGCAUA